UUCAAAUUUGUGGGAGAUCAUACGAAAUUCUCAAUAUUUAUAUGGAACUCAAGGGAAAAACUAGUCAAUAUUAUUCACACGAAAUAAAUCCAAGUUUUUGAAGAGUGGUGCAUGUGUCUUGUGGAUGGUCGUAAACUGAUCGAAAUUGGGUAUUCUAUCUGCUCUGGUUGAAGGUUCAAAAGGAAUGGAGGAGCUGGAGCUCCUCUCCUCGCGGUCAUGUGCGUGCCAGCAACAGCGGCAGCAUCCCUUGGUGAGUGUCACCGCCGAUCGUCUGCAGAUGCCUUGGUGGUUUCCGCUCCUGGAGAGCCUCUUCCUGCUGCUGCUGGUGAAGCUGCUCCAGCUGUAGGAUGACCCGCCAAUAACUGUUGCCCCGUGUAUAUGCAUACGUAUUUGGGUAAUUGCCGGUGAUGUAAGCCAACAAUGGAGCCGGCCCGGACGGGGCGACAAAUGUCACACAUGCUGCACGUAAAUCACACUGGAAACUGUUUUUCUUGCCACACACGAUAAUUUGUCAAGGGGGUGGGGUGGAUGGUGGUCGGGCGGAGACGAUUCUAAUUA